AUGGUGGGAGCAGUGUCCCCCAACCACUGUGGGAACAGUGUCCCCAGCCAGUGUGGGAGCAGUGUCCCCAAGCACUGUGGGAGCAAUGUCCCCAGCCAUUGUAGGAGCAGUGUCCCCAACCACUGUGGGAGCAGUGUCCCCAGCCAUGGUGGGAGCAGUGUCCCCAACCACCCUAGGAGCAGUUUCCCCAACCACCGUGGGAGCAGUGUCCCCAGCCAUGGUGGGAGCAGUGUCCCCAACCACUGUGGGAACAGUGUCCCCAGCCACUGUGGGAGCAGUGUCCCCAGCCAGUGUGGGAGCAGUGUCCCCAAGCACUGUGGGAGCAAUGUCCCCAGCCAUUGUAGGAGCAGUGUCCCCAACCACUGUGGGAGCAGUGUCCCCAGCCAGUGUGGGAGUAGUGUCCCCAAUCACUGUAGGAGCAGUGUCCCCAGCCAGUGUAGGAGCAGUGUCUCCAACCACUGUGGGAGCAGUGUCCCCAAGCACUGUGGGAGCAAUGUCCCCAGCCAUUGUAGGAGCAGUGUCCCCAACCACUGUGGGAGCAGUGUCCCCAACCAGUGUAGAAGAAGUGUCCCCAACCAGUGUGGGAGCAGUGUCCCCAAUCACUGUAAGAACAGUGUCUCCAGCCAGUGUGGGAGCAGCGUCCCUAGCCACUGCCUUUCCUGUGUCUGUGACUCUGCUGUGCCUUUAGAGAGCUCCCCCUUGGCUGGCAUCAAUGGCUCCUGA